AUUUUUACUCAACAGUCAAUUUCAGUGUUGUUUGCUGGACAGAAAGGAUGCUUAUCUGACGAGCAGUGUUCAACGAGGGAACCGAAUGCCACCUGUGACAGUGGGUACUGCGUUUGUCCAGCAACCAAGCCUUUGGUCCAUGGUGGAAAAUGUGUUGAGGGCUGUCCGGAAGGAUUUGCUAACAUUGCCGGAAGAUGCUACGAUCCAACAACCGUGAUCUUUAUGGACUCAGUGGAUGAGAGGAAGAAUGGAACUAUUGGAGGAUAUUGCUUGGAUACAGUGGUGGAAGAAAAAAGAUGUGAGGUGAAGAACAGCUACUGCAGCGAAAAGACAGUAACUUGUCAGUGCAAAGUCGGAUACACUCUGAGCAUGGAUUUCAAAAACAGAGCCGAUAAAGGGUCUUGCAAGCAAGAUGAAUCAUCCAAGUUCCACGCUGAGCCUGAACCUCAAUCGGAACCAGUAAUCGAUGACGAGCUAUUUUUUGUCGACAUAGGUUCGAAUGCUUCGGACGUAGACUCAGUGAACACGACGAAUCCGACCAACUCAACAUCAGAUGACGAUGCCGAUGAUCUAACCAAAUACCUCUUCCAAACAGACGAGCUAACUUCAUCACUCGCAUAAUUGUUGACACUUGAGCUAUUAUAUGAUUGUAUAUCGUUAAACUCAGCAUGUCAGUGCUCAAAAGCUCUGAAGUUGUGUUUUCUCUGUUCAAAAGAGAGCGACGUGUUUGUACAUAUAUAUGUCGUUUAAUUUAUUUCAUAAACAUUUAGAAUGAAUGUAGAGAGAGUUCGUAAACGGAAAAGCACCAAUAUCUCGCUUACAUUGUACUUAAUGUAGGUUGCAGGAAGUGCUACAAUUUACUAUAAAUGUUUUCUUAUUGACUGCACUCGUAUAAUAAACUGCUCAAAAAUUCCA